CGUGGCCCGCAAGGCGCAGUCCGCUGCAGCCCGGAGCACGGACGGGCUGCGCAAAGCCCGCUUGGGGCAUGGCUGCAUGUCUGCAUCCUCCUCCGCGCAUACACGAGGCCGCGCUGGACCGCGCGUACACGAGGCCGCGUUGGACCGCGCAUACACGAGACGCGCCCGCACCACGGCAGCGGCGGCGGAAUGGCGCCCCCGGCGACCAGGCAGCCGAUGUACAGGAUCCUCUGCAAGGCCGGCGAGGAAAGCUUCAGCCUCGCCGCCAGGGACGGCAAGGUCUGCCUCGUCCGCACCGAUCGCGACGACGACACGCAGCACUGGAUCAAGGACAUGAAGUACAGCAUAAGGGUGAAGGAUGAGGAAGGCUACCCUGCCAUGGCACUCGUCAACAAGGCCAGCGGAGAGGCGCUCAAGCACUCCCUCGGCCAAUCUCACCCUGUUCUUCUGACCAGGUACAAUCCAGACACCCUGGACGAGUCGGUGCUUUGGACCGAGAGCAGGGACGUGGGGGAAGGCUACCGCUGCAUCAGGAUGGUGAACAACAUCUACUUGAACUUUGAUGCACUCCAUGGCGACAAGGACCAUGGCGGUGUGCGCGAGGGAACCACACUCAUUCUGUGGGAGUGGACUGAGGGCGACAACCAGCGCUGGAAGAUCGUUGCCUGGUGAACGAUGCAUAUGCUACAGUUUGUUGGGCGCCCUCUUAAUAAUAAGCAAGUACUGUGUUUCUGGAAUAAAAAGGAUGGCGCCGACGUGAGCGGUGUUUCUGUUUUGUUUGAGCAGUUAUAUAUAUUAAUGAACUUGUAAUGAUGGAUUUAUUUGGCGUAGAUUAUGUGUGAUGGAUGCAUGAACAAACCAGUGUUUGUUAUUAUGCAUGUAUAUACAUGCCGUGUGACAUGUUUGUGAACUAUAAUAGAAUUGGUUUAUCCAAUCAUAUUGUUGUAA